CCAAGAACAGGCUAUUAUUCGGAGGUACUCAAUCUCUCCGGAUUUCAACUCUUACGAAGGUAUGUCAUACUUGUGAGAACUUAGGGGUUCGACGAAAUAUUGUGAGCAACGAGAAAUGCACUUCACGGUCAAUUCGCGAGGAACAAAUAAAUCUGCUUUCUGGUUCAGAAUUUCCAGCUUAGUGGUCGUCAUAUUGGUUUGGGCGCUUUUGGCAAACGGGAGGUCGUGUAGGCUUCAACUGCCUUUUUUUUCUCGAACUCGGAUAAGGGGACGCAGCUGGGCAGAUUGUUCUACUUGUUGCAGUGAACUUUCGAGCGUUUUGACUAAAUUCAGACCGACAGCUGAACCCAGUCUCGUGUGUUUCGACGUUCAAUUUUUUAGUCGCACUCGGCAACACUACACGGUACUGACAACUCUCGCUCCGCAUUUUUCGUUCUACUUGCGAAUGGCACAAGACUUCCUUCUCGACGCUGGUUCAAACGUGAAACUUAGCCACAAAAUUGUAUGGAGACUUGAAGAUAACUCCACGAUUCAGUUACCACUUGUGCUUGCAAUGAUAGAGGCUGGCGUAGCAGUCGUGGCGCAUUCUAUACAAGUCACUGAAAGUGUCCCGCCGUCGUUCACGACCUGGGUUCCAAACUUCCACUUCAUUGAAAAGAAAGGGUUCAGUGAAGUCGCACGUCGACUCAGCACAAGGCACGUGCCAUAUACCGAACGAAAAAGACAGGUCAUUUGGGCUGGCUCGACUACGGGAGUCCCAUGUUAUGAUAUCGGGCCGUGCGCUUCUUCGUGCAACGAAUUAGAGCGCGUCAAACUAGUUCGAUAUUUUAAUAACAUCACAUGGUUGAACUUGAGAUUGUCAAAUGCAGUUCAGUGGUGUCAUGGAAGUGCAGCUGCGCUGAAAGACGAAGGUUUGUUGUCGAUGGAACGCAUUAUGUAGGCAUCGAUGCGAACUUUGACAACCUGGGUUCGAGCGGUGAAACAGAGGAGCCAACAUUUAGGUUUAGCUGUGCUCCGUGUCCUUAAAGAUCCCUAUGGCAACUCCCUCGCGUGACAUACUUAAAGUUGGUCGCUCAACUGCCCGCUCAGACGCAUUUCGUCGCGGUACCUAGUAU